ACCUUGGACUCACCAAGGCUGCUGUUACCCGAAUCUACGUUCGUUCCGGAUCCGAAGUAACACAUAACCCUACUUUCAAACCUCUUAGUAUUUUUCCAUUUAUUAUUGUCCGAGUAAAGUAUAAUCGCCAGGUAUAGUUUUAAAAAAGUGUCAGGAGUGUAACCCCGUGCAUGGGGGAGCCCUCGGGGGCAGCCAUACCGCCGGGUAAACCGGCAAAUACCGCGAAAAUCGCGGAAUCAAAAACCGAACUCUCUCAACGCCUAUCGAGUCGGGUAAAAGCCUACAAUAAGUUAAUUCAAGAAAGCCGAGAAAGCUACAUACGCAACCCUAACAUCUCCAGAAAUAAGAAAAGAAUAAUUCUAUCGAGCAGCAUAAAAACUGUAAGUACUGAGGACCUAACCAUAAAUCUCGGUGAAAAGUCCAGUACUGCAGGAGACCCACGGCCAAAUUUUCCAAAAUUGGAAAGUAUGGAGAAAACUGAUAGACCUAGUAAUACAACGAGAGACCGUAGACAUAGCACCGGCGAACCACCUAAAAGUCCGAGCGCGACACAAGCCGCUUCUCAAGACGAAAGACACUCAAAAUUACAAAGUAUGGAGAACGAUAAUUUACAAAGUAUGCAGAAACAAAAUCUGCAAAGUUUGGAGAAAACACUUAGCGACAGCGGGCUGGCCCAAAGUCUACAAAGUAAGGAGAAUGCGUUCUACUUACUUUCCAAAAGACACGAAAGCGGCGAAUCAAAAACGAGCGAGGAUAGUGAAAUGGAGGCAGACAGCUCCGAAAACGGCUCGUUCGAGAGAAACAACACCCACACGGCCAAAAAAGCUAAGAGAAACUCGCCGAAAGGGCCAAAAACAGACUCUUCGGAAAGUUCGGAGAAUGAACUUAGCGAACGCGCCAACGACUCCAGAAGCAUCGAGCAGUUAUAUCUCGAUAGCACCGACAAAGACGAUCGAGACGGCUCCGAUGUUGCCAAAUCCCAAGGAUUCCCAGAAACUUUGGAGAAAACCAAAAAAUUAAAAAGUUUGGAGAAAACUGAAUUGGAAAGUAUGGAGAACGAAAAUUUGGAAAGUAUGGAGAAAAUUAAAAAUUUCAAAUUCACCCCCAGACGGUAUGAACAGGCAAAUAAAAAGAACGAAGACGACUUCGUGUCUGGAUAUGUGGCGAUCCCCUCAGCGGAAGGGAUAAAAAUCACUAUUAAGCAGAGCGACGUACCGCAGGCUCUGAGGAAAAACAUUAUGGAGUACAACAGCGGACAAGAACUAUCCGGGGAUGAAAACCAAAGCUCCAGGCUGAAACAAACUUUAGUUACCCCCAUACUCCACCCCUUACCUGACCAACCGUCAGAAUUAACCCUCCCAAGUGGCAGAACACAACCUCUCCCCCCAAAAAUAUACAAACCCAGACCAAAACCAAACCCCCCACCCGUUAUCGAAAAACCACCCCCACCCCUACAUACCUCCCCCAAUAGCACAUUCCCACUACAAAGAAACAAAAGAACCACUGAAGCUAGUAAAGAGCUAAAUAGGAUAGACAUAAUAUCACCGGACGAAAACAUGGACACUCAGGAUUUCAUCUCACCCCCUAAACUAAAUGGCCAUCUAAAAAGGAUGAUGAAGCAAAAAGCUAUUGCUUCACUUCCCAAACCCGUCGAGACCAGAAACAGAUUCCAAGUACUCACGGAGUCUGAGGAAGAAGAAGAAGACGAAGAAAUUCUCAAAAAGAGAGAAUUGGCUAGAAAAGAAAGACGGGAGAAAGCCGGAAAUCAAAGAAAAAACUCAACCGCCGACAGGAAGGCAGAAAACCCUAGCGCAACCAACAAUAACAAAAAAGACACAAUACAGGCCAAAAAGAAAAACUAUAUGCCACCCAUAGUCAUGGACGGAGUGCCAGAAGACCACCAGGGGCUCACGGGUGUCCUCAGGGAAAUAAUUAAGGGUAAUUUCAACCUUAAAUACACAAACAACUCCACAAUUGUUUUCACUGAGGACAAAGAUGACUAUGACAACGUCAUCAGGAAUAUCAAAAGUGAAGAAAUGUCCUUCCACACCUAUACGAAUAAAACAGAGAAGUCCCAUGCAUUCGUGCUACGCGGACUUGGGGACGGCACAAAAAUCGAUGACCUAGAGGAGGACCUGAUGCAAAACUACGAGAUCAAAACAAGAUCUAUAUACAGAAUGACCACCAGAAAUAGGCCCCUAUUCCUGGUAAUCACAGAUCCGUCAAUCACUUUGGAUUAUCUAAACAGAAACGUCAGGGUGGUGCUGUACACCCGCAUAACUUGGGAGCUGCGAAGAUCCACAAAACAGAUAAUCCAAUGCCACAAUUGCCAGGCAUGGGGGCAUGCCACAUCCAAUUAAGAAGGGUCAAAUCCCAUGCCAAAGCCCGACAGGGCACCACAAACGCCUACAGAAGGCUUUGAAACACAAUAUAUGAAGAAAGUCAGAAGCAGAUGCCGGCUGGAUGUAACUGGAAUCAACAAAGUUUCACAAAUAAGCACUCCACAAAACAUUAAAAGGAAAGUCAAAAUAAACCCAGUACAAAACGUGAGUAGAUACCGUUUGCCACUAACCGCUCAUACUAACACAGGGAUCAAGCAACCCGUACAAGGGGAACCCCUGUUCGAUUUAUUUUCUAAACGACCUUCAAAUAACCCUGAAGAGUCUAACUCACGAGGAAACCAAGGCAUAGCAGAAGGCAACCCUGCAGGGGCCCCUCAAAGUGACACGGAGCUCCCCUUAGAUAAAGGGAAUGUAGUAACCGAAAAUCCCAUCAAUAUGGAAGAAUCUAACCCGGAAAGGGUCAAAACACCCCCUAUUGGAAGCGAUAGAGAUGGAAACAAUGCCGAUUACGACAUGGACACUGAUAAAGUGUCCUCUUCGUCCGAGGAAUCCGAUGAUUCAGGAACAAAAACGGCGGUGGAAGUAUCCCCAGUAAGUAGCCCAGAAAUUGCCCAAACUGGGACACCAAAUCAAUUAAACCCCACACUGGAGAAUUUCAACUCAGCUUAUGUCACAGUGGCCGAUAAUGAUGAGCUGAAAAUUACAAUCAGAGCAACUGAUGUUCCGGAAUCAUUACGGAACAACAUAAUGAAUUUCAAAGUUAGCGAAUCUCAAGACAAUGAGUUAGGUCUAAAACAAACUGUCCAUCCAGAACUCCACCAUAUCCCUGAACAACCUGAAAUGCUAACUCUCCCCACGGAUGUCCCAAACAAACCCAAAUGCCCACCCCCUAAACCAAAAGAUCCCGAAAACCUCGAACCUAAAACCAAAAGAGUACAAGAAAUAACAUCCCCAAACAGUACAUUCCCAUUAAGACAGUCAAAAAGAACCAGAAAAGACCAGGAAGACAUGGAAAAAAUCGACACCAUUGUGACGAAUAACACGGACAAUAGUAGAGCCUUCGUAACCCCGGAAAAAACUCACCAAGCCUUAGGAGAGUUGUUAGACAAAAAGUCAAAAACACACUGCCGAUUCAACUAA